UCGUCCUCAAAUGGUCUGCUGCCAGGGGACGGCACGGCACUGCCUCUUGCGAGAACCGAUUCGCCAGCGAUUCUUUGGGCCUACACCACCGUGCGUGUCUCGGAUCAGACGUUGUGCCUGACAGUCGACCGCCGCGGGUGGUGCGCAACGCACUUGGUCGACUCUCUUCAGCCGUGCCAGGGCUCUUAGUCGAAACCUGUCUGGACUCUCGUCGCUCGGAUUAUAAGUUUCGAGCGUUGGACUGGACUGGACCCUUUCUCUGUGUCACAUCGCCUGCCAAUAUCGAGUGAGGCCUACGGUUGUGCACAUAGAGACGGCGUGCACUGACCCACAGGAGCGACGACGACAUAUGACGGCUGAGCCUCCGCCUCUCGAGCUCUAGGUCCUUGCGGUCUAUUAGGGCCAGAACAAACAGAAUAUCCUGUAACCCGACGACUAAAGAGAAAAGGGACGACAACGACGAGUCUUGGCAAAACCAUGUCUGCUUCCUACCCGGGCGCCCUGCCGCCGCCACCUGGCGUCACGGCGGACCUCGAUCACCCCCAAGAUGUCCUGAAAACAUGCCACUACGUCACGCAGGCGCUCACCCUCGUGUUCGUGACGGUAUUUGUCGGCCUGCGAGUAUACGCCAAGCGAAAGGUGCUGGUCAGCUCGCUGACCAUGGACGACUAUGCCAUUUACUCUGCAUAUGUGUUUAUGAUCGGCUAUUGCAUAUGCGCCUUCUUCAUGGGUUCUCACGGCGGUGGCCUUAACCAGUGGGACGUGAGCGUUACCCAGAUUCAACCAUACCUCAAGUCAUGCUACGCGGCCACCCUCUUCUACGCGCCCAUGGCCUUCACCGUCAAGCUGGCCCUGCUGGUCAUGAUCGUGCGCGUCUUCGGCAGCGUGCACCGCAAGACGCUCAUCGGCAUGUACGUGCUCAUCGCCAUCAUCGUGGCCUACUACGUGUCGGGCUUCUUCAUCAAGGUCUUCAUCUGCUGGCCCAUCUCGGCGUACUGGCACGGCGAGAGCGACAAGUGCAUGAACCAGAGCGCCAUCAUCACCGCCGACGCCAUCAUCUCCGUCAUCAGCGACCUCACCAUCCUGCUGCUCCCCACGCCGCUCACCUGGUCCCUGCAGCUGCCCCGGCGGAAGCGCGUCCGCGUCGCCGGCCUGCUGUGCGCGGGCGGCAUCGCCACGGCGUUUAGCAUCUACCGCCUGGCGCUCAUCAUCACGGACAAGGCGAACCCGAACAUGACCAUUGUCUUUACCAAGGUCGUCCUGUCGGGCAACGCCGAGGUGGGCAUCGGCCUGAUAUGCGCCUGUCUGCCCGCCGUAAACGCCCUUUUCGUCCGCGCCAACCGCGGCUCCUCGUAUCUGGCCCAGCAGAGCGACAACAGCGAUUCCCGCCGCGGCGGUGGCGGUGGCGGCGGCGGGGGCGGUCAGAUCGUGCUCACGCGAUCCUUCCAGGUCGACCGCACCCAGGACGGCAAGAAGGUCUUCGAGCUCGAACUCGAGGCGGGCGGUGGUUGCGGCGACGAAGCCGGUCUCGUGGCGGCCGGCCAGCAGCCCUCCGUGCUCAACAAGCAGUCGUCACAUACCCCGAGCCAGCCGCCGAGCUUGCGAUCAGACGAGACAUGCUGUUGAACACACACACAAAAUACGAUGAAAACGGGUUUUGUUUGCUUUUCGGACACUCUCCGAACUACAUGUAUUCCUAGCGGCGAGGUGCAGAAACGACGUCCGCAAGCCUGAGACCAGACAAGGUUACCCCUGGUCUGUCUUUUUUUUUCUUUUUUUUCUGGGCUGCUUCUUGCAGAUUAUUACCACCUGCAGCGGACGGGAGUACUACUACUGCUGCAUUGCAUGUCUUCACCCACCCCUUCGCAACAAGUGCAGGUGAAACCUACAUGUGCUCGACGGCUGGGGCGUGGGGGUGGAUUGACGGCUUCAUGCGCAUUGUUUCACCAGUCGACAGGAUCUCGGACGAGAGCCAAGGACAGGAUUGGUGCACGGACACGCGGGCGGGCAUGACUGGAACAUUAUAGAUCGUGUCUUGUAGACAAUGUAACAACAUCUGAGCUCCAGCAGAGACACCAAAACGGUUUUCUGUCUCUCUCUCUCGAUUGGGAUCUGCAGCGUGUGUAUGAGUCCGCUCGCUCUUCUCAUCU